GGGUUCCAGCCUGCUCACGGCCAUGAAAUUGUUAUACCCUGCCUCGCACGAGAUACCCCAGCUCUCAGAUGAGCUACUGGCCGUCAAGAUUGCACGGCACUCGAGCUGUUCCGCGUGCUCCUCAUGUCCGGGACUCCGACCACCACCAGGCGUUGAAGUCGUACUAGCAUCAGACGCACAACCAGGUUCCUCUCCCUCGGAGUCGCAGGGACACGAUGGCAUCCCUGGAAAGUAUCUGGACGGAUGUGCAUGUGGCCAUGGCAUUGUCGAGCAUGGUGCAAACCUGUCUUCGAUCGGCGCGGAGGAGUUUGCGCGAAGAGGGCGCGCCGCGGUCCGACUGGAUGAGUUGCUCGAGGACGUCAAUAAGUUACUUGACUUCGACUACGCGGACGACGAUAUCGACGGCCUCAGACGACAGAUGACCCUUCCUGCCCGAACUCCAUCUCCGGCGAGCUCAAUCUCAGAUGCACUGAAUGAUCUCGUCCCCUCGUCUCCAAAUAAAGCACCAUCCUCACCAGCAUCUUCCUUUCUGAGCGACGCCGCUGACGUUCUCGAACCACCAACGAAGAAGCGCCGGGUGUCGUUCUCCGAGUCGUCUCUGAGCUCGAGCAGCAGUGACGAUGAUGAAGAAGACCGGCCACUUGCCGCACGCAAAACCGCAGCCGCGCCGGCCACAGCCGGUAAAACCGAGGGUAGUUCAACUUCGCGUGUCACUGGACAGAAACGUAGCGGCAAGCAGCCCUCCAAUAAGAAAGCGAAGAAGACCCAAGCACGCACUGCGCCGGUUUCGAUGAUUCCGCCUUCGGAAUCUCAGAAAGUGGACAUGACACGUCCCGCCGACGGUGCAAAUGGCGAGGCGAAGGUCAAGGUCGAGGAUAAGAUGGACGAGGGUCAGCUCAUGCGCCUUGCUACGGGCGUAACAGUGGACGCGACUGGUCCAUCGUCUGGGACGCCAACAUUCAAACCUGAGAAAAUGGCUCACGUUGAGUUGCGCAAGGGUAUCAUCAAGGUCGUGCCGAUAGAAAACGAUCGGGAACCUCGCUCCUUGGUCAUUCUAACGGGACUGAAAACUUUGUUUCAAAAACAAUUGCCCAAGAUGCCUCGCGAAUAUAUCGCUCGACUGGUCUACGACACGAACUCCAAGUGCCUCGCAAUCAUCAAACGCGGGUAUAAGGUAGUGGGUGGAAUCUGCUAUCGACCUUUCCCUCAUCGAGGCUUCGCGGAGAUCACGUUCUUUGCGACAACAUCCGUCGAUCAAGUGAAGGGGUAUGGUUCCAUGCUGAUGGACCACUUCAAGGCGCAUAUCAAGAACACGUAUUCCGACAUGUGGCACUUCCUCACCUAUGCAGAUAACUACGCUGUGGGCUACUUCCGUAAACAAGGCUUCUCGAAGGAGAUCACCCUGGAUCGCUCCGUCUGGGCUGGAUACAUCAAAGACUACGAGGGUGGGACGAUCAUGCAAUGCACGAUGCUGGACAGGGUCGACUAUCUGAACACUCGGGAGAUCCUGUUGCAACAACGAGAGGCGAUUCUAGGCAAGAUUAGGGAAAUGAGUAGGAGCCAUAUUGUCUAUGAUGGAUUACCCCAGUUCCAGGAGGGCGCAUCCGAGGAAGUCACCGUCGACCCCAAGGAUGUCCCAGGAUUACGAGAAAGCGGUUGGACACCAUCCAUGAUGACUGGGCCAGUGCGAUCGAAUGGCAAAGGCGCGGAGCAUAAUCUCAUGGAAAAGCUUCUGAGCGAUUUGUCCGGACACACACUUGCUUGGCCGUUCCAGCUGCCCGUAAAUGCCGACGAGGUUCCCGAUUACUAUGAAGUAAUCAAGCAACCGAUGGACUUCAGUACGAUGGAGCACAAGCUCGAUACUAAUCAGUAUCCGAGUCUCGAUGCAUUCCUGGCGGAUGCGCAGCUCGUCUUCGAUAACUGCCGGAUAUACAAUCCGGAGGGAACGAUCUACUACAAGAAUUCCCUCAAGCUUGAGAAAUUCCUCAAGGACCAGCUUGCAGCGUAUCGCGUCAAGAAAGAAGACUGAUUACCAUGGUCUACCGUCAGUGUAUCAUUAUGUAGGUUUCUUCAGCCAAGUUCCACGAGGCGAGGUUCCACAGGUGUCAAACAACACAUGUACUACAUAUAUGGGAGGUCUAUCUCCAUGCUGGUAUCCAUUACUUCUAGAUGGAUCUCUAUAUGCUGAUCAGCCAUCGAACCAUUCUCGACAGCCACGAAUUAUUCGUCGGCAAUCCUCAUCUCCGUGAUCGAUGACAGGCUUCGGCACUCCCAUACUUUGGC